AUGUCAUGCCGCAAGCUGCUGGGGCUUGCGAUGGUGUUGGUGGCCGUCAGCUCGCAGGAGGAGGCGAUGAGAGGAGGAAGAUCAGCGGAUCUUGCUGAGAAGCUUCCUGGAGCCUCGUGCCCCUUGAGAGUUUGCGUGAGAAAUGUCCUUCGAGGUGGUCAGCGGACUCGGAAUCGUGGACAGUCUGCUAGCACCAUGGCAGGUUUCCGCCAUGAUCCUAUGAGUGAUGAAACCGACGAGCCAGCUGCUCGUUCUAGAGCUGCUCUGCGGCGCAAGAAAAAUCGAGCUUACAGGAGGAGAAAGAGAGAAAUGCGGGAGCAAGAGCUUGAGUUGCGGAAACACGAGGCGCUCCUUGCGGCGAUCAGUUGCCUCUGUCCCGGAAGCAAGGUGCUUUGCUACGUCAAAGUGAAUGGAGGGUUGAAGAGCAAGAGUGCGAGGAUGUGCAAUAUUUCUAACGUUGGACAGGAUGAUGUGCUGGUUGCCCUGGAAAAUGGAAAGCAGCAAAGGAUUCCCCGAACGACAGAGUGGAUACUUGCUGUAAAGCGCGUAGACGUGAACGAAACCCAACCAUCGUCUCAGAUGAGUAGCACACUUGCGGGCCAGAAUGCAAGUCGAUCGACGAGAGACAAGGCGAAAGUUGAUGAGAUGCUGAGGAAUGCCGGAAUCAAGGUUCGUCCACCAAAGCACGUGGAUGCCAAGAGGUUCAUAGAGAUAGGACUCCGACGGAAAAGCAAGCGACUCGAUCGGAACAGGGAAAGGACAAGAGCAAAGGUAGAGCAGCAACGAAUAUCCCUGGCGGAAGAAAGAAAGAAAGAACAACAAGAAAAGAAAAGCAUGAGAGAAGCCCGGCGAGCUGAGAAACAAGCAAAACGGGAGGAAAUGUACCAGCAGAAGAAAGAGCAAGUUUUGAACGAUCGAGAUUUCAGAGAAGCUUUUGAAAAUGUAGGCUCUUGCACAUUGAUCGUCACGAUGAGGCUAACGUGA